AGGACAUAUGAACAGCGAGGAAAAAGAGACCACAAAGAUCUACUCACGCCUGGAUGCGGACGAGACAUCGUUCAAAAGAGUAUCAACACUUGGGGAGGGGUACAGUACCUGCCAGGGAAUUUUGGAUGCGUAUGGUCCUUUCCUAUUUAACAAUUCUGAGCUGCCAAGACAAGACUCUCUAAUGCAAUUGACAACUAGCUGCGCGCCCCAACAAAAUCAUCAUGUGUAUCAGGUAAAUGAUAGCGAGCCAAAUUUGUUAACAGGAUCAAGCCAAACAGCGGUUGAAGACCUCAUUAUGAAUUUGUCACAAGGGGGCAACAUGACAUACACGCAAAUGCUGCAAGGCAUGGACACGCUGGGUGACCUAAGAGUUACUAUUGCACAGAGUAAUGUAUGCCCGACGAGUGGUGGUAUUUUUAUUGAGCCCAUGGGUGCAGAGAAUAAGAUGUUCAUGAUAACUGGGAGGACUGAAGACACCUACCUGCGGACUGAAGAGGCUGGAAAUGUUUCAUGGCAGAGUGCAUCAUCAGAAGAAGAGGCAGGAUCCCUUGACAAGCAAUGGACAGAGCAGACUGGGAACAUGGAACAUUUGCCUGACAGACAAGGCAUCAUAAAUCAUGAGCAUCAAAAAGGGAAAUCAAAUCAACAACAAUUUCUGCAUGUGGAUGAGGAACCCAAAUGGGCAGAGAACGCAAAUAAUACAGAGUUCAGAUUAGAUGGGUCAGACACGCAUGGUAGCAGUGAUCAAGAACGACAAGAAGACAGUGCGCAUCAAGCACACAAUGGAGAGAGCCCGCGGGACGAGAACACUAGUGGUCAGGGUGGGGGGGAGAAAGAGCAACUUGAAGAGAUAUUGAGUGAGGAGGAUAUCCACAUAUUUCUGGAAAAUGAGCAAACAAUCAGUAGUAGCCAGGAGGUGCGUGAAAGUCUUGUGCCACGCAUGCGAAUGCUCUUUGACACUGACAAAGAAGCUUUCGAAUUCUAUAACACAUAUGCUUCUGUGUGUGGAUUCUCAGCAAAGAAAGCUUCAAAUUAUCACUCUCGCAGAAUGAAUGUAGACAAACCAACUAGAUAUACUUUCAAAUGCAACCGUUCUGGUAAGGUUGUGGAUAAACAAAAGCAAGCAGAAAAAAGAAGAGCUAAACAAAUUAAAAGAGCAGAGGAGAAAGUAGUCCAAGGGUUGCAGCUCCAAAAGAAGAGGAAAAGAAACUUGCUCGAGGUGACUGAUUGUAAAGCACAAAUGGUUGUAUCGCUGAGAGCAGGCAAGUGGGAAAUCAUAACUCUAGAGCUUGACCACAACCAUGAGCUUAGCCCUCCUGAUGAAGCAAGGUUCCUGAGAUCACACAAACAGAUGACGGAAGAAGAGAAGCUCAUCAUUCGUACAUUCAAUGCAGUGAAGCUGCCCACCAGAAAAAUAAUGUCUAUACUAGCUUCGUAUAGAGGAGGUAUAAAAGCAGUGCCAUACAACAAGAAAUACGUCAGUAAUUAUAGAACAGCAAUCAGGAAAGUAAACAGCAAAAAUGACAUGAUGCAGGUGUCUGACUACUUCAGAAAAAGGCAAGCCCAGGAUCCCACGUUUUACUGCGCAAUAAAAUUGGACAAGAACAGCACAGUGGAAAGCCUGUUUUGGGCUGAUGGGAAAGCAAGGCAGCUGUAUGAAGCGUAUGGUGACUGCAUAAGCUUCGACACGACAUAUAGGACAAAUAGGUAUAACCUCCCGUUUGCUCCGUUUGUCAGCAUAACAGGACAUGGCAGCAACUGUUUGUUUGCUUGUGCUAUCCUAGAGAACGAGACAAUUGAAACAUUCAAAUGGCUUUUUGAGACAUUCAUACAUUGCAUGAAUGACAAGCAACCGGUGUCUAUCAUCACUGACCAAGAUGUUGAUGGGUUCGUUGCAUGA